AUGGAGCUUUAUAUCCUCACAAAAGGGAUUAUAUUUUGCAUUAUGGCAUCUGUAGGAAUUGUUGGAAACAGCAUUAUUUUGGGAUCAUUCCAGAAAAGUGUAUACCAUGAACAUAAGUCUGCAUCAACAGAAAUUAUCCUAUUUUACACUGGCUUGGCAAACUUAUUCAUGCUCCUGACACGAGGAGUUCCAAAAUUUUUGUUCGACUUUGGAAUCAGAAAGUUCUUUAAUGAUCCGGGGUGCAAGUUUGUUGUCUAUGUCGCUAGGGUUUCAAGAGCCAUGACAAUAUGUUUAACUUGUUUCUUAAGCUGCUUCCAGUGCAGUACCAUUGCUUCAUCCAAGUGGAAAUGGGCCUAUAUUAAGGUCUACAUGCAGACGUGUCUUGUACGUAUUAUGGUCGGUCUUCUGGUAAUGAACAUGGUGGCCUGCAUUGCAGCACCUUAUCUGUCAGUGUCUCUGAAUAACAGUACUGAACAUAAAUAUAUAUUUAAUUUAGGAUACUGCUUUAUCAUCUUUCCUGACAAUGUUUCCUUUCAGGUGAAUGGCUUUGUUCUGUUUGUGCGUGACUUACUAUUUGUUGUUCUUAUGAGUGCUUCAAGUGUUUAUGUUUUAUUAAUUUUAUAUAAACAUAAGAAAAUAGUAAAGCACAUUAAAAGAUCAGUUCAAAAUCAACAAACUGCUGAGGGUCAGGCAGCUAAGAUAGUGGUGACACUGGUAUCACUUUAUGUACUUUUUUUUGGAAUAGACAAUUCAGUCUGGUUUUACCAAAUAACCUCUGGACAGGUACAUCCGAUUAUUUCUGAUGUAAGAUAUUUUUUUUCUCUAUGUUACUCAUCACUAUUUCCCUUUGUAAUUAUUUUGUUGAACAAAAAGAUAAGGAACAAGCUGAAAUGUUCUAAGGAAGAAGAAUUUACACAACUGCAGGCAAUUUCUACUACAUCAAAAGUUGCCAAGAAAUGA